AAAUAGUACAAUUCAAUUGAUUUAAAUUUUGCUGGACAAGUGUUAAAUAGUUCUUCUUUAUACAAAAUGAUAAACUCAAAAACAUAGCAUCACCUGCCGAGUGUUCAGAAUCAAGAUCUUUGUUAUAUCUCCGGCAUGGCGCGCAGAGUUGCAAGUAACCACUAUGUGGCGACACAUAGCUCCCCUGAGGGAUAUUUAGUGAGAAAUGGUCAUUCGAAUGUUGCCUACAGCACCGAUGGCGAAGACUCCCAUAGAGCCGCUUCUGAGUAUAUGAUCUCAAACGAACGAAGUUUAUCUCCGAACCCACGAAAGCCUCGAUCGUCAUCCCACCAGCACCUGAACCACCAUCACCACUCGAGUCAGCAAGCGCUGUCGGUGCCCUCAGUGCACCGGCACGGUUCGCACGCAGCUCUCACGCCCAGCGGUGGACCACCGUCGAGACCGCCACCCAGGGCUCCUAGCCAACUCAGCUUCGGCGAUAAUGGAUCCGAUAUAUAUGUUACUAGUGCGGCCUACAAAGCACCUUCGGAAAUCAG